AUGUCCGAUCCCACCAUGCUUUCCCUGGCCUUGCUGGAUGCGCCGGUAGGGGUCUUCUUCUUGUUCUUCUUUCUGGGGCAGCACCUGACCUGUCAGAUUUGGUGCCCCAGCUUUUGGGUCGACAAGCUAUGCAUCUCCCAGAACAACAGUUCGCUCAAAGCUGAAGGACUGGAGGCUGUGCCCACAAUUGUGGCCAGCUCCUCAACGAUGCUUGUAUUGUGGGACGAUACAUAUUUUCGGAGGUUGUGGUGCAACUUCGAGCUGUCCCUCUUCGCGAAGUCUGGUGGGCUUGAACAACUCCGCGUGGUUCCUCUUUGGUUGGCACCCUGGCUGUUGAUCAGCAUGAUCUCCUUCUACAUCUAUGGGCGUCUGGCUUCCAUCGCGCUCGACUCCGAUCCGUCAUUCUCCACUCAAAACCUUGCAGGGUAUGCUGUGAAUGACAGUGCCCUGGAAUUUGGAACACAUCGCAUACUGACAUACCUGGGGAACACACAGUCCUAUGACCUGUUCUUCAUCCCAUCGUGUGUGGCUGGCAUCGCAUCGUUUCAGCACAAGCUGGAUGGGCACAAGGCCAUGCUGGAGGGUAUGCAGGCCUUCGACAUUCGUGCCUCUGAGUGUUUCAGCGAGACAGACCGCCAUGUUAUCGAGGCCCAAGUAGCAAAGCUCUUUGGCGGCCACGAGGGCGAGGAGGAAGCUGUCAUCGUUGCAAGUUCGCAGCCGGACGACCCAGAUGGCGAGUCAAGGCCAGCACCCAGAGCCGCGGACAAGGUGGAUGAGUGCCUGGAUCGCUUCAAUGAGUAUGUGCGCGGGCCCCUGCGUGAGGCUGUGGUACAGGAUUUGGGAGGAGCAGGCGACUUGUCCUGGACGAUUUGCGUGUUGGUCUACACGCCAAGCAUGCUGCUCAUGCUUGUUGUGGUAUGGGUCGGCCUGCCGCUUCGGGAGAGAAUGGGCUUCGAAUCUGAUCGGCAAUAUCUCCUUGCGAACUACAUCGAGUGCUUCAUCGCGCUCUACACCAACUGUAUGACCCCUGCCCUUCAGCUCCGAAUUAUGAGUUUCCUGAGCACGAAGAUCCAGGGGCCGUCCUUGCGCUGCGUGACCGCUCUGCUAGCGAGCAUGCUAGUGAACGUCAUGAUGAUCUCGGUGUUUGGAGUUCAACUGGGAGCCCUGGAGGCGUUCGUCCUGACAAGGCAUCCUGCAUUCCUUGGGGGCUUCUUGCUGUGUGCGACACCAAUCUGGCUUCAGAACUUGAGACUUUUCUGGCGCGGCGAGUGUUUGUCUGCGAAGCAGUCCUGCCGCUGUUUCACUGCACAGCCCGGAUACAAUGUCUUGAAACACGGGUAG